AUGUCUUUUCGUGGCGGUGGACGCGGCCGCGGCGGCUUUGCCUCUGGCGCCAAUCGUGGAGGUCGUGGGGGCUUCCAGCAAUCAUUCGGGCCCCCUGCCCAAGUUCUAGAAAUGGGAACUUUUAUGCAUGCUUGUGAAGGUGAAAUGGUUUGCGAAUCGAUCAACCCGAAGAUCCCAUAUUUCAAUGCUCCGAUCUACCUGGAGAAUAAGACGCCGGUCGGAAAAGUUGACGAAGUGCUUGGUCCGAUUAACCAAGUCUAUUUCACUAUCAAACCUCAAGAAGGAAUCGUCGCAACCUCGUUUAAGUCCGGAGAUAAAUUCUACAUUGGUGGAGACAAACUACUACCUUUGGAAAAAUUCCUUCCGAAGCCUAAAGCGCCUCCCGGUUCCAAGGUCAAGAAACCAGCUGGAGCCCGCGGUGGUGCUCGUGGUGGUCGCGGAGGACGAGGGGCACCCAGGGGUGGUGCUCGAGGUGGCCGAGGUGGCCCUGGAGGCUUCCGUGGUAGAGGUGGUGCAGGUGCUCCUCGAGGCCGUGGCGGCUUCUCGCGAGGAGGGUCAGGAGGAUUCGGAGCUCGUGGGAGCUCUCGUGGAGGUUUCCGUGGACGUGGUUAAGAUUUUGCUCGCAAAAUAUCCGGCCAGCGUAUUGUUUCUCGUCUUGUUAUACAUUUGGCGUUGGGGGAAUUGGAUACGGAUUUUUUUCAAAUUUACGGCUGUCGCAAGUAACUAGAAAUUUGCUCUCACCGGUUAAAAAAAAUGCUGUAAAUUAUCAUUUUCAGGCAAGCGAAUCCUAGAACUUGUGGUGGUGAUGCACCAGCCACACGAU